AUGGUGGAUGACGGAAGUCGCGCCUGUAUUAUUCACCCACGAGUCCUCAUGCAGAUAAGGCUCGAGGAUAAAAUAGUACCGCGUUGCAUAACCCUAACAGGUUUUAAUAAUGCAGUGGAGCGAACCUCUGGAGAGAUAGUGCUACCCGUUCUGGCAGGAGGAGUCACCCUGGAGAUGACGUUCCACGUCAUGAACCAGGAGACAGCCUACAAUGCCAUCAUGGGGCGUCCAUGGAUACACGCCAUACGGGCCAUCCCGUCAAGUUUCUAUCAAAUAAUCAAAUUUCCUACUCCAUGGGAAAUAUUCAGCAUCCGAGAGGCCAUUAAAGACCCGGAUGUCGUACAAGCUUGCAAGGCAAUUGUAGAAGAUCUCGACACCGUCCAACUAGACAAUACUGAUAGCGCAAAAAAGGCCUAUAUCGGACACAACCUCUCAGAACCAGAUAUGCCAGGAAUCCUAAGGGACAUCGCCACAUAUAGGCUGAAUGUCGAUCCUCUUUACCCACCAGUACGGCAAAUGAGGAGAAAGUUCAAUGCCACCAUCAAUGAGGUGGUCAGCGAAGAAGUUGAUAAAUUACUUGCUAAUGGUUCCAUCCGAGAAUCGAAAUAUCCCCAAUGGGUCGCCAAUGUGGUCAUGGUCAAAAAGAAGAACGGGAAAUGA